CUCCGAUUGCAGCAAGUUGGUGACGACGAAUACGUAACUGGUAUUUUGAAGUCAGGCCAUGGACACUAUCGUGGAGGAGAAGUGUAAAGUGGAUCCUCUAGCGACAACUCUCGACCAACAAUCAGGAGUUCCUUCAUCGGUAGGCGUCACUAAUUCCCAGCCCCAUCUGGUGACAGCAACUAACAUUGUACAGCUGACCCUCCCUUCCCAUACGCAAGCACAGGUGCAAAGCGUCAUACAACCCAACCAACAAUCUGUCAUACAAACGGCUGCGAAUCUACAACCCAUGCUAAGUAAAGGAAACGUGAUAUUGGUCAGCAGUAAACCUAAUUCUGUUAUACAGACCACCCAAGGAAAUUUGCAAACAUUGAGAGUGGUAGAGGCAGGGAGCGACGAUAGUUAUUCCGAAGAAGAAUCUCCAAAGAAACGCAGGGAUUUGCUGACGAGGAGGCCAUCUUAUAGGAAGAUCCUGAAUGAUUUAGGCGGGGGUGAGAUAGCUGAAGGGAAAAUCGAGCAAACUUCUUCAGAGGCAGAUAGUGAGCUGUCGUCUCACUCUAUCCCAUACCACACAGUGCUACCAGCGACAGCUCUUCAGAUUACUAGUGGCGAAGGUGGACAUCAGGGUAUUCAGACUUUAACAAUGACUAAUGCGACUGCAGGUGGCGCCAUCGUACAAUACGCUCAAGGACAAGAAUUUUUUGUGCCUGUGGUAGCACAAAGCGGAAAUCUCUCAGGAAGUGGUGGAGAGGACCAAGCACGCAAGCGAGAAAUGCGAUUAUUGAAGAAUCGAGAAGCGGCUCGCGAAUGUCGAAGAAAAAAGAAAGAAUAUAUAAAGUGUCUUGAAAAUAGGGUAGCGGUGCUCGAAAAUCAAAAUAAGGCCCUAAUAGACGAAUUAAAAUCAUUAAAAGAAUUAUAUUGUCAACAGAAAAGCGAAUGAGGAUCACCGACGUGUACAUUACAGGUGAAGGACUGAGUUUAAAUAUGUUGUGUGGGAAUUGAAACAAGACGGUGGCAGAUUUGUGCAAUGUCAACUAGAGUAUUGUUUUAGGUAUACAGAGGUGCAUUUUAUUGAAUUGUUUCGAAGUUUUGAGAAAAAAAUGUUGGAAAUGUAAUUAUACUAAGCAGGAUAAGCAAAACAACUAUUUCUAAUUGUUGAAACGUCUUCAUUGUAGUUACAGUAUAAGCUGGGAC